AUGGCGUCAUUAGUGGUAAUAUUCAAAUUGGCAAAACUGGAACCACUAUCAGCGGUGCCAAAUAUAAUGAAUGGAUCGGUGUCAAAUGAUACCACUACGUUAACAAUAAGAAUAUCGUUAACAGUAGAGUUAACAAUGCCCACACAAGAAAGUGUAGUUUCUGACCAUUUUCACAUUAUAACGAGUGGAUUUGAGAAGGUUGGAACUCCACCAAAAAUUCUAACGAGCACAACUACUUAUGGAGUUGUUCCUAAUGUACCCUAUAAAACCGUAGCUCUUCCAUCCAACUAUGCAUAUAGUGUAAGACUAGCGCCACCAUCCUCUGAGCUUUCUUCUCCUCUGUUCGGCACGUCUGUUAAAGGGAAAGAUAAAUCAAAAAAUAGUGGAUACGGAUUUGCUGUUGCUUUAUAUGACCCAGAUAUCGAUAAAGUUUACCUAGAUAAAGAAUGUGGAGCUGAUGGUUAUGCUUGUUAUGCUGUUGACACUGUUGCCACAGGAUCUAGCGCCAAAAUUUGUGUCGUGAUUAUAAACCCUACGAAGAACAACGCGAUUCUUAAUGUGGUUGUCUCUUUCUCGGCGGAAUCCAUCUUCAUCUCCAACGAUCUCAAUUCAAACUCAAAUCUCUUCAAUUUUGCCGUCACAGAUAUUCCCGCUAAUGAAACAAUACCCAUCAACUACAAGGAAUAUGUUGCAACUGCUCAAUUGAGCAAAAGAUAUUAUAAAGGUUAA